UGUAAACAAUUUAAUUCAGUUCAAUUAACUCUCAAUCAGGUCUAUUCACUCUCAAUUAAUUCAAUUCAAUUUAAUUUAGUUUAGUUGUUUUCAUUAAAUCGGAACAUGCCCUUAGCGAAGAAAUUAGAGCCUCUUGCUCGUAAUAAAUUUAGUAUCCUAUAAUUAAUGAGAGUAAAAGUCAAUCUCCACCUACUAAGCAUGUAGUAAAAUCCUUUGGAUUCCAAUAUUUUGAUUGAUAAUUACUGCCACAUGUCACAUAAUGAUUAGCUUUUGAAAAAAUAAAAAUCCUUAUCCACCAUCUCUCGCUUUUCUCCAUCCCCACCCCAUUCCCCACCUUCCACCACUCACUGCCAAAAACCCAUUCAUUCUCCACUUUAUUUUGAAUUUUUUUUUUUUUUUUCCAAUAUAUUUCUCUGUUUUUACUUGCAAUUAUAUGGGCUGCGCGGUGGUCAAAAAGAGAAUGGGUGGUGAACUGGUGAUCGUCGGGUAUUGGUCAUGUUGAUAGCAGAGGAAAGGGGCUAGGCCGAGUAAAAUACUUGCUCUAUUUUCUUUAUAAAUGCACUACUUUCUAAAUAAGAAAAUUUCAAACUUAAAGCAAAUUUUGUUUUUUUUUUUUUUUUUUUGUUGUUUAGAGACCAAAGGGCGAGAUUGAGAAUUGAUACUAAAAUCUUUUGAAAUCGGGAGAAAACUCUAACCAUUUGAGCUAUCUCUUGUAUAUCUUUAAUAUUUAUAAUAUUUGCCUUUUUAUUAUUAUUAUUAUUAUUAUUAUUAUUAUUUUAAUACGUACGAAACACCUAUUAUCAAUUUAUCAUACAAUACCUAAUCUAACAUGUCUAAUUUAGCUAUCUUAAGUGAGGGCGGGACUAUAGGAUAAUGGAUGGGAAUAUAUAUAUUUAGUACUUAGUGUAUAGUUAUUGAUGAUUACUCAAGUCAUUCUCACACUCUAAUCCAAAUCUUAGGCUAGAAAUUUAAAUUAGAAUUAAAGUGUAUCCGUAUUUCUGAUUUCCCUCCUAUCUUUCCAUCUCAUUUUCCCGGAACUAAGACACUAAAACUCAUUCCAGUUUUCCUCUCUAGCGGAUCUUGAUUUGAUUUAAUAAAUCAUCUUUAACCUUUCAAUCCGUCCUUUCCUUCUCCUCAUAACACAUUUUAAUUCCGAAGAGAUUUGUUUUUGUACGUAACAAAAAUGGUGGUGUUGAGGCUAAGUGUGGUCGUAGUUGUUCUGCUAACAUUCGUGCAGUGGUGUGCUUACUCACAAUCACCCUCUCAACUUUUCGUGGACAUUACGCUGGUAAAAAGUACUACUGCCAAAGAUCUUGGAGCAUAUUGCUUGGAUGGGAGUUUACCUGCAUAUCAUUUCAGCAAAGGAUUCGGUUCUGGAACAAACAAUUGGCUUUUGCACAUUGAGGGUGGUGGAUGGUGCAAUGAUGUAAAAUCUUGCUUGGAGAGGGCUAAAACUCGUCGCGGUUCCUCACACUACAUGGCUAAGGGAAGGGUCUUUCCUGGAAUAUUAAGCAACAAAGAUUCCCACAACCCAGACUUCUACAAUUGGAACCGCGUUUUGCUUAGAUACUGUGAUGGAGCUUCCUUAGCUGGCAAUUCCAAGUAUGAAGAUGGGACCAAAUCGCUUUACUUUAGAGGGCAAAAAAUUUGGCAGGCAAUGAUUUCUGAUCUUCUUCCACAAGGGUUGGCACAUGCAGAGAAGGCUUUGCUUUCUGGGGACUCAGCAGGGGGUUUAGCAGUGUUUCUACACUGCGACAACUUCUCCAGGUCUCUUCCAGGAAACGCUACUGUCAAAUGUAUCAGUGAUGCUGGUUUAUUCUUAGACAUAAAAGAUGUAGCCCACAAUGACACAAUUAGGUCCUUAUUCCAUGACGUCGUUUCUCUUCAAGGAGUAGAACAGAAUUUGAAUCAAGAGUGCACCAGUUCUCAAAGCGAUCCUAAGCAAUGGUUCUUUCCACAGUAUCUUCUGAGUUACAUCAAGACUCCGUUGUUCAUCUUAAACUCUGCAUACGAUACGUGGCAGUUUCACAACAUCUUGGUACCAUCUUUAGCUGAUCGGAAAGGAAAAUGGAAUAAUUGCAAGAAAAACGUAACUUUUUGCACUGACAGUCAAAUUCAGACACUACAAGAUUUUCGACAGAAAAUGCUUGAGGUUACGUACUCUUUCUAUACACAUUCAACAAGGGGAGGAAUGUUCAUAAAUUCAUGCUUUGCACAUGGCCAAAGUUUAUAUCAGGAAACUUGGUUUGACAUCGACUCCCCUAGAGUCCAAAACAAGACUGUUGCAGAAGCUGUAGGUGAUUGGUAUUUUGAACGAAAGGUGACAAAGUUGAUUGAGUGUCCAUAUCCUUGUAGUGCUUCCUGUUAUCAUUCUGUACCAGCAGCAUAGACCAAGAUUUUUACUCAGUGAAUUAUCAGAGGAUUUGGAGAACAUCUAUACCUGAAGAUUGAUAAACUUGUAUGUACCUGGGCUAUUUGAUAUUCAUCACAAGUUUCUGAUCAAUUUUGUACUUUAUUAUGACUAAAAUUGGAGUAAAUUAUGUUUGACAUGAUAGUUAAACUUUGAUCAAAGGGUAGAGCAGCACCUUAAGCAAUCCAACUUCUUAAGCAACUUUGAGGACAUGUAUGCAUAUAACCAAAUAUACAAUACAAAAUCUUAUGCCAUGUUUAGUUCA